UGUAUUAGUUUCCUACCAAGCAAAUUUUGGCAUUAAGUGCAAGUGCAAUUUAUUACUUUCUCUAUCCUCCAAAUUAUUCAGAGAGAUGGGGAAGCAGCAGAGUUUGGAGACCAGACUCUCCACUUGCAGAGAACUGGGUUUCAACAAGGGAUGGAGGAUAGCUCUAUGGGGUUUUCUUUCCCUCAUAGCCAUCGCUUGCCUUACUGGAUGUUGCAGCUCGGGCAUUUGGGUCUCCGGAAAGGGUACCAAGGCAAAUGAGAGGUUACAAACCAGAAACUCUAAUAUUGUGGAGUCAGAGAGAGCAGUUGUGGCUGCUGAUGAUGGCCGUUGCUCGGAAAUAGGCGUAUCCAUCCUUAGGAUGGGUGGUCAUGCAGUUGAUGCUGCUGUUGCCACAGCUCUCUGUCUAGGGGUUGUCAAUCCGAUCUCUAGCGGAGUCGGGGGUGGUGGUUUUAUGCUUGUCAGUUCCUCUUCUCCUUUCCAGGUAGAAGCAAUUGACAUGAGGGAAACUGCUCCUUUAGCUGCUUCACAGAACAUGUAUGAGAAGAACAGCAAUUCCAAGGAAGAGGGAGCACUUUCAAUGGGAGUUCCGGGUGAGCUAGCUGGGCUUCAUGUGGCUUGGUUAAAACACGGGCGUCUCCCUUGGUAUACUUUAUUCCAACCAGCCAUUAAACUUGCUAGGUAUGGCUUUACUAUUGCUCCGUAUCUAGCAACUGACAUAGCUAAAAAAGAAGACCUUAUAAUGAAGGACCCUGGCCUUCAACAAGUAUAUGCACCAGGCGGGAAAUUGUUGCAAGGGGGAGACGUGUGCUACAAUGUAGAACUUAGCAACACUCUAGAAGCAGUUGCAGAACAAGGACCUGAGGCCUUCUAUGGUGGAUUGAUUGGUGAAAAGUUUGUAGAAGAUGUACAAAAGGCUGGUGGGAUAUUGACAAUUGAUGAUUUAAAAAAGUAUAGGGUCAAAGUUCAUGACCCGGUUGUUGUUAAUGCCAUGGGAUAUACCAUCUUCGGCAUGCCACCUCCGUCGUCCGGAACUGUCGGUCUCUCCCUGAUUCUCAAAGUCUUAGAAGGAUAUCCAACUUCUAAUGCUGCAAAAGGUCCUUUAGGUCUUCACCGCAUGAUUGAAGCAUUGAAACACAUGCUUGGAGUACGAAUGAACCUGGGUGAUCCUGAUUUUGUUGACGUGGGCAGCACAAUCUCAGACAUGCUUUCCCCUUCUUUUGCAAAGGAAAUCCGACAGCAGAUUUAUGACAACACCACCUUCCCAUCUGAAUACUACAUGCCGAGGUGGAGUCAACUUCGGGACCAUGGAACCAGCCACUUAUGCAUUGUAGAUGCAGAUCGUAAUGCAGUGUCAAUGACAACGACAGUAAACUAUGUUUUUGGAGCUGGUGUUAUGUCUCCUUCAACCGGCAUUCUGCUCAAUAACGAAAUGGGAGAUUUCUCAAUACCUACAGAAGCAUCCCCUGAUAAGCUCCCACAAUCUCCCACCAAUUUCAUUAGUCCCAACAAAAGACCAUUAUCCUCGAUGGCCCCCAUAAUUGUUUUUAAGGAUAAUCAGUUGGCUGGUGUGAUUGGAGGUUCUGGUGGGAUUAACAUAAUAGCAGCAGUAACUCAAGUUUUCCUAAAUCAUUUUGUGUUGGGCAUGGAUCCCUUGGUAGCAGUUCAGAGUCCAAGAGUUUAUCACAAGUUAAUUCCAAAUGUGGUGUUGUAUGAAAACUGGACUAUCAUAGACGGCGAUCACAUUGAGCUCUCGGGG